GUGGUCCAGGUUGGUGGCCGCCCUCUCCCAACGGAUGGGACCAAGAAUGGGGUUCUCGGUGGGCCACACCCAACGCCAGCCUCUCGGUGGCCGAGGGCCCCACCUCUUACCGGGACAGAUCAUCAUCCUCCAGCAGGUGGACAUUUUUCCUGGUGCAUCCCCAGUGUGCCUUCUGCAGCAGCCGCACCAAAAGCAUCAUCAUGUUGAAAGGCCCAGUUCGCAUUGUUCCUCAGUGGAAGGAACUCAAAACACAAAUUAUGAACAAGCUGGAACUUCAGAAGGGCUUGCCGGAGAUGCCAGCCGAAGGAGCCCAUAUCCUGCUGAGCGACAGACCCAGCAUCAUCUUCCGGGAGAGCUGUUUUCCCGACUUCAUGCCACUCAUCUGCCUCUAUACCACCAACGCAAGCACCUACUUUGCCUCAUUCACCUGGAGGAGAGGGAAGGAGAGCAAGGUGCGUGUCUGGACCUACAGCACAGAGAAGGAGACCGCCGUGACCGAGAAAGAGUACUCGUUGCCUGAAGACCCACGAGUGAUCAUGAUGGUUCAUGUCCUCCAUCUCCAUCUCCUGGUGGCGUACUGCGAUGAUAUCCACUUGCGCUUGUUUGGUGACCACACGCAGGACUUCACGCUUCUGGCCGAGAUGAGCUCCCCCUACUCCAUCACCAGCAUGUGCUACAACCCAGAGACUGGCGAGGUAGUGACCGGGGCCAUUGGCAUCGUGGCGUUUUGGUCCUUUGUCCCUGGGAGCCUUCCAUCCCUAGAUGUCACCCAGGAGGUGUGCAUCGCGACUGGGGAGUUUGUGCACUUUCUCUGCGUGGAGCCCGAGCGGAGAGUGCUGCUCGCCCUGUGCGAGAACAACAUUCGGGCAUACAACUACCAAUCCAAGACCCAGGUCCGCACUUUCCAGGUCAGCCAGGGUGUGUCCCUCACCUGCUGUUCGGCCAACUGGUCCCAGAGCUUCCUCUACACCGGAGACCUGGCCGGGGACAUCAAGGUGUGGAACUUUGACACGGGGAACCAGAUUGGGCAGUUCAAGGCUCACCUGAGCGCCAUCACCAGCAUCAUCAGCCGGACCUCGGUGCACACGCUCAUGACCGCCUCCCUGGACGGGAGGGUGAAGGAGUGGAACCUGACCACCUGCGAGCAACUCCGGCGUGUGGACAUUGGGGAGGAGCUGUUCCAGAUGCAGUUCAUCAACGAGCAGACCUUCUUCCUUCGCACCAAAUACAGCUUCUCCAUCCGCACGAUCAACAACUUCUACCAGCUCUUCAACAGGUCCAAAUCCGUGGUCCAGAAGCUGGUGCGCAUCCAGUGUGGACCGGACAAGGCACGCAUCCUGGCUGCCACAAACGAUGGCGUGAUCCGAUUCCUCUCUCCUGUGACGGGAGAAAUGCUUUUCGUCACCUGGCCAUUCCAGUUGCUAGAAAAGGCGCUGGACUACGUUUACGACCCAGAUCAGGAGGAGCUGAUGGUGACCAUGGGCACCAGUGAUGUCUAUGUCCUGGAUACCACCAAGAAUCCCUGCCCGACCAAGUACAUCCUGCACACCACAGACAUGGAGGAUAAAGUGCUGUGCCUUGCCUACAGCCGCCUGGACCUGAACGGGCGCACCUCCGGCUUCAUCUUCACGGGCUACAAGAGUGGGAAGGUGCGCACCGUCACCCAGCAACUGUACCGGAUGGGGACGCGCAAAAUCCACGAUGGCAAUGUGGUAGCGCUCAGCAGCAUCUCUGCCUCCGGGAACCUGGCGUACCACUCGCGAGAGUCCUCCUACCUGUGCUCCUACGGUCUUGACGAAUACAUCAUCCUCUCGGAUGUGGUGUUAAAGAAGAACAACCUGUUGGAUGUGGUUCCCUUGGUGGCCAUCCCCAGCAUCAACUGCCGGAUCAACCACCUCCUCCUCAUUCCGGGCUACAUCUGCGUCCUGACGGAGCAGAACCGGGUGCGGCUGUGGCGCCAGGCGUCGCUGGUGCCCGGGAAGAAGAACCCGUUCUGGAAAGAGACCAGCGCCAUGCAUUCCACCUCCAUCACCUCCUUCGACUACUGCCACACGCUCGGCAUCCUGGUGACCGGCGGCUCCGACGGCUCCGUGCGUAUCUGGGACAUCCUGGGGCAGAUGCUGGUGGAGUUCGACACCACCCUCAAGUUCAGCCGCGUCUGCUUCGCCAACCAGCGGGGGGACCUGGUGGUGGGCUGCAACAUGAACAUCUAUUUCAUCUCCUGCGUCACCUACCUGCCCCCGAAGCAGCUCAGUAUGCUGGCCAACGGGCAUGUGAGGGAUGAUGUGGUGGAGCACCCCCUGCCCUUCCUGUCCUGCUUCCUCCUCUCGUUCGACAUCGUUUUUGUGCCCAAGUAUCGCCAGGUGGGCAAGCAGGCCAAGAAGUUUGAUCGGAUGGAGCCCAUCACCAACCACAAGGAGGUGGUUAUGGAAAAAGACGUGGCCAAAGUCCUCGAGUUCAUCGGCAAGGACGUUGCCCACCUGCCCGGCCCAGAUUUCUUUGGGGACGUGCCGGAUCUCAGGGAGAUACACCCAGAGUUUGCUUUGGAGUACCGACUCCUGAAGCAGGCCUCUUUCGAGAAGAAGCCCUCUCCCGCUGAGCCUCCGUUAACGCCUCCGCCUUACCGGGGGCUUCCAGCCCUGAAGGACACGGUCCCCUUGAUCCGCCGGAUCCCGUUCCAAACUGGGCGUUCGUGGCCCAUUGCGCCGGACGGCUACAUCCCCAAUUCAGUGAUCCGAGCCCAGCUGUUUCCCAGGGGGACCCCCGAGACCCUCACGUGCCCCCUGAAGCAAACCAGGCACCCUUUGCCCAAGAGGAAGCUGAUCAAGAUUCAGUUGCCGGAGUGGGACACCUCGGAGAUCGUGGAGAAAGCCCGCAAGAAGAAGGCCCAGAGGUUGCGGCGAACCGCAUCCAUCUCCGAGGGGCAGCAGCGCCGCCGGGACCUCCUGGCAGAAAUUGUGACGAAGCCCUGGUUGCGACAUAAGCCCAGCGACGCCUCCCUGCCUAGCGUCGUGAAGGCCAUCUUGAACCUCAUGGACGAUGUGCCCUAUUCCACCUACUUGCUUUGCGUUGCUGCUCUCGUCCAGAUUUCCGAGUCUUACCAGCUGCCCUCCCCUGUCCAAGAGCAGGCUUUUGACCGUCUCAUCCUGGACACGACCCACAAGGAGGUCCGGAUGCGGCUGGCCGCUUGGGAAGCCUUAGGGAAGAUGGACCUGCUGACCGAGAAGGAGGUGGUCCCGCUGGCCCGAGCCUUGCUGGACGAGAGCAAGAAAGUGCGAGACCUUGCCCGCUCUCUGCUGGACGCGGUGGCUGGCAUUACAGAUAAAUUUGUCUUGAAGAAGGAAAUGCAGCGGCUGGCAGAAAGCAGCCUGGAAGACCUGACGGAACUGAUCCGCACCCAGGAGAAAGCUUUCCCUCGCAGAGUGCGGGCUGCCGGCAUCAUUGCUGAGACACAGGAUGAAGCGGUGUAUGCCCUGACCGAAGGGGCAGAGAGGCUGAUGAACCGGGUGGAGAAUCAGCUGACCGCCAAUCUCUUCCUCAUGUCUGAGUGUGCCCCGGAGAUCACGAAGCCCAUCGCCCGCCCGCCCCGUGCCCGGCGCAGGCUCAUGUCUCUGGGGGCACCGGAAGAGUUUGCCAAGCCCGAUUCGCACUUAGAGGCUCAGGCCCGAUGGCUGGGCCUCUUUGCCCAGUCUGGGAAGCAGCCAGAGGCCAGGCACAAGGCAGUUGCCAAGGAGGUUGAGAAAUCCGAGAAGGUCCCCAGGAUCCAGCAAGCGCGGGGGAAGAUCAUCUCCUCGGUGUCUGCUCCUUUGCCUGAGAGCAGCCCCAGCCUCAGCAGCGUGGCCACCACCACCAGCGAGACCAGCAGCGGCUCCGCCACCAGCGGCUCCGUCCUCAGCGACGGUACUUGGCGGAAAGCAAAGACGCCCAAGGAGGCCAAGGCGAAGGAGAAGCCGGGGAGGCCCAAAGUCCUUCCCACCACUUCCCGCGAGGUCCCCAAGCUGCCCCCGGUGCACAAGCAGGCCCAGCCGGUCCUCCUGCAGCGUCGGGACACCCGCACCCAGCUGUACACGGAGAUGCUGAAGCACCUGGAGCGGAAGGGCAAGAAGGAGCAAGUGAUCUCUGCCACCCCGCUGGACCUGAAGCCGGACGUCCCUCCGCAAGUCCAGCCCAGCCAGGCGGUGGUUCCUGGGCCCCCACAGCUGGCCCCCAAGGGCAGCCUCAUCGAUCCGAAGAAGCACUACAACACCGAAGGGACCAACUGGCGGAACGACCUCUACAAGUUGAUGAUGCUUCGCACGGGUCUGUCGGUGGAGGGCCGCACCGCAGCGCAGGACUUCCUGGCCUCCGCCCGGCUUGCCCUCGGGGGCCGCGCCAUGUCUUGGGAGGCCUUCACCAACAUCAGACAGUCCCUCCUGCUGUCUCAGGAGAAAGUCACCAUGGAGCCGGAAGAGUGGAAGAAGUACAUGGAAGGGGUGUUCAAGGCCUCUUUAGAGGAGCCGACGGCGCUGUCCCUUCAGCCUUCUGUGCCCAGCCUGGAGACGGUGGUGGCCGUGAAGAAGGGGAGAGACUGGCUCAGCAGUUCAGAGACGGAGCUUGAAAGCCUUGAGAUGAGUCGGGAGGAGCUGGUUAAGGGGAGGAGAGUGAUGACCAGGGAGAAGGGGGCAAAGGGGAAGAAGGGCCUUGAUCACAGAGCCCAGGCAAGCCGGGUCUCCGCCGUGGUCUCCAAAAGCAGGGAAGCGGGAAAGGCACCAGAAAAGGAAGAGAAGGUGGCCAGAAAGGCGGCUAAAGUAGGAAAGGCAGAAUCAAGGAUCGCCAAACAGAAAGAGCAGGAGGCGGCCCAAAGAAAGGAGUCGGAACUGUUGGCCAAGGGGAGGAGGCGGGAAGGGGUGAAGGGCAAAGAACAGGAGGCGGUGGCCAAAGGAAGAGAAGUGGAAGCCGCCACCAGGGGGAAAGAACCAGAGGCAGCCAGAGGGAAAGAACCAGAGGCAGCCAGAGGGAAAGAACCAGAGGCAGCCAGGGGGAAAGAGCGAGAGGCGGCCAAGAGGAAGGAGUGGGAGGUGGCGGAGAAGAAAGAGAAAGAAGGCCCCAAGAGAAGGCUGGCGAAGACCGCCGACAAGCAGAGGGAGCUGGCCGAAGGGAAAAAGAAGGGAGGUCCCAAGGAGAAAGAGUCGAAGGAGGAAUCUCUGCUUUGGGACUUCCGGAGGAUGUGGAAGGUGGAGACCCUCCUGACGGCCUCCGAAAAGCGGCUGCUGAAGGUCACAGAGAGCACCCUGAUGGAAAUGCGGGCUGAGGCAAAGGAGAGGAUGCUGGCUCAGCUGAAGGAGAAGGCGCUGGCCGAAGCCGAGAAGGCGGCGCUGGUAGAAGUGAGGGGGCGGGCCCUGGCCGAGGCCAGAGAGAUGGCGCUGGCGGAAGCGAGGGACUGGGCGAUGCUGCAGGCGCGGAAGGCGACCCUGAUCGAAGCCUGGGAGACCGUGCUGGCCGAAGCCCGGGUGAAGGCCCUGCAGGAAGUGAUGGCGCAGGCGCUGGCUGAGGCCCAGGAGCUGGCGCUGACCGAGGUGGGCGAAGGGGAAGUCGUAGAUGAGGCCCGCAUUCAGGAACUGGCCAAGGCCAGAGCGGCCGUCCUGGCCGAAGAGAGGGCCUUGGAACUGGCCGCCACCAUGCCGCUCGAGGUCGAUGAGGCCAGGGUUCUGGAGCUGGCCGCGGCUCAACUCAUGGAGCUGGAUGAGGCCCGGAUUCAGGAACUGGCCGAGGAGAGGGCCAAGGAGUUAGCCAAGGUGAGAGCGGAAGAAAUAGCUGAGGCCAAGAUGCUGGAAGUGUCUGAGUCGGCCCUCAUGGUGAUGGUGGAGGAGAUGGUGGAGGAACAAUUGAGGACGUUCCUGAUGGAAGAAGAAGGAGAAGGAGAAGGAGAAGGAGAAGGAGAAGGAGAAGGAGAAGGAGAAGGAGAAGAAGCCUUCCUUAGCAUGCUGGAGAAGGAACCAUCUCCGGGGGCAGACCUAGAGCUUUUAGAACAAGCUAGUUUGCUCCUGGAAGUCCUGAUGGGGCCGGAGGAACCAGAGUACACCGAUUCUGAAAGAGUUGAGCGGGUCUGCCAGGUGAUCUCCCUGCUGCAAGUGGCUUCCACAAUGGACGCCGAGGGGCUAGGGGAAGCCUUGGUCAAGAAAGCCAAGGAGAUCAUCCAGGAAGGUGAGGAGCGCCAGGCGGCCUCGCUCGAGGGCAUCCCUUCGGUCUUGAUGAAGCUGAAGGAGGUUGUGGAGACCGGCCAGCCGUGGACCGCCAACCCCAAGCAGUUUGAGAAGAAGAUGAAGGCGUUCCUGAAAGCUGCCCUGGCGGUGUUGCAGGCCAGGAACUUGAAGGAGAAGAUGGGGGGGAAAGACGUUGGGAAAAGAGGCUGGCGGGAGCGGGCGGAGAAGUCCUUGGCAGAGGAGGGCGGCCGGCUGGUCGGGAAGAAGGCUUGGCUGCGCAAGAAGAUCAAGCAGGCCGUCGGGAAGUGGAAGGUGGAGCAGGAGAAGGCUCAGUGGGAAAGGCUCGAGCAGCAGCGCAAGGAGAAGCGCCUCCAGUUCCGAGGGAAGCCCAUCCUGCUGGGUCAGCGCCAGAGAGCCUGGAAGGCCAUCAUGCACCUGGAGAAGGAGGUGCCCACCUCUCCUCAGGAGCAGCUCCGGAUCCACAAAGCCAAGAGCCACCGGCUCUCGAAGGGGUCUCUCUACAUGACCACCAAGCCGACGAAGGAAGGCCGUCGGCGGAUGCUCCGGAGGGGGGCCCGGCAGCACAUCUUCCGCCUCGAGGAGGAGAAAGGCAUUGACUGGGAGAGGUUUACCAAGCUCUACCAGUCGCUCAUGUCUCUGAAGGAGGUGGACGGCGGCAUGGAGUCCGCCGUGUGGAGGGUGCAGUCCUCCAAGCUCCUGGACCUCUACGGCUUGAGCAACCCGCUCAUCCGAGCCAUGCUGCAGCAGGUGCUCAUGGGGGGCCUCCACGAGCGGAGGUACCUCACGGGGAACACCUUGAAGAUGAGGCAGGGGGAGGCUGACCCGGGACAGCGGAUCCUCUACGAGCUGGUCCACCACUCAGGCCGGCUCCGCCCUAAGCCCGCGGCCUUGCAUGGUGUCAUUCCGCUCAGUUUCCAGAACAAUGUGCACCCCUUCAAGAUACGGGGCAUGACCCGCUUUGGCACCCUGGCCCUCAAGUGGAAGACUUAUCUCUCCAAAGGAAAGGUCCCCAAGCUGCGCUUGUACGUGCGCUCAGGACCCACAUAA